GAGAGAGAAAGAGCGCGAGCGUGCUAGCGAGCAGAGAGUUAACAGAGCACAGAUACUCUCCCACACACACACACACACACACACAGAAUACAACAACAACAACAAAUACAAAAUAAAAUGGAUAGAGAUAGCCUGCCGCGCGUUCCGGACACACAUGGCGAUGUUGUGGAUGAGAAAUUAUUCUCGGAUUUGUACAUACGUACCAGCUGGGUGGACGCUCAAGUGGCGCUCGAUCAAAUUGAUAAGGGCAAGGCGCGUGGCAGCCGCACAGCAAUCUAUCUGCGUUCAGUAUUCCAAUCCCACCUCGAACAACUUGGCAGCUCGGUGCAGAAGCAUGCAGGCAAGGUGCUCUUCGUGGCCAUCUUGGUGCUGAGCACCUUUUGCGUGGGCCUCAAGAGCGCCCAAAUACACUCGAAGGUGCAUCAGCUGUGGAUACAGGAGGGCGGCCGCUUGGAGUCUGAGCUGGCGUAUACGCAAAAAACCAUAGGCGAGGAUGAAUCCUCAACGCAUCAGCUGAUCAUACAGACGGCGCACGAUCCAAAUGCAUCGGUAUUGCAUCCACAGGCGCUGCUGUCGCAUCUGGAGGUGCUGGUCAAGGCGACGGCGGUCAAGGUGCACAUGUACGACACGGAAUGGGGCUUGCGGGACAUGUGCAAUUCACCCACCACGCCCACAUUCGAAGGCACCUACUAUAUAGAGCAGAUACUGAAGCAUUUAAUACCUUGCUCCAUUAUAACGCCGCUGGAUUGCUUCUGGGAGGGCAGUCAGCUGCUGGGACCCGAGACGCCGGUGUUCAUACCUGGCUUGAACAAUCGCUUGGUGUGGAGCACCCUGAAUCCAUCGGCUGUGAUGCAGUUCAUGAAGCAACAAAUGUCGGACCAGAAGAUUAGCUUCGACUUUGAUACCGUGGAGCAGUAUAUGAAGCGCGCGGCUAUAGGCAGUGGCUAUAUGGAGAAGCCUUGUUUGAAUCCGCAGCAUCCGCAUUGCCCGCAAACGGCGCCGAAUAAGAACAGCUCACAGCCGCCGGAUGUGGGCGCCAUAUUGAGCGGCGGCUGCUAUGGCUAUGCGCCCAAGUAUAUGCACUGGCCGGAGCAGCUGAUUGUGGGUGGUGCGCAGCGCAAUCGCAGCGGACAUUUGAAGAAGGCCAAGGCGCUGCAGACGGUGGUGCAGCUAAUGACGGAGAAGGAAAUGUACGAUCAGUGGCAGGAGAACUACAAGGUGCAUCACAUUGGCUGGUCGCAGGAGAAGGCAGCCGAGGUGCUCAACGCUUGGCAGCGCAACUUUUCGCGCGAGGUGGAGCAGCUGCUGCGCAAGCAAUCGCGCAUUGCGAACAACUAUGACAUCUAUGUGUUUAGCUCGGCCACGCUGGACGACAUAUUGGCCAAGUUCUCGCAUCCCAGCGCACUGAGCAUAGUCAUAGGCGUGGCCGCCAUUGUGCUCUAUGCGUUUUGCACGCUGCUGCGUUGGCGCGAUCCGGUGCGUGGGCAAAGCAGUGUGGGCGUGGCGGGAGUGCUGCUCAUGUGUUUCAGCACUGCGGCGGGUUUGGGUCUUUGCGCGCUGCUGGGCAUUGUGUUCAAUGCUGCCAGCACGCAGGUGGUGCCGUUUCUAGCACUUGGUUUGGGUGUGGAUCACAUUUUUAUGCUUACAGCUGCCUAUGCGGAGAGCAAUCGCAAGGAGCAAACCAAGUUGAUACUCAAGAAAGUUGGCCCUAGCAUACUUUUCAGCGCUUGCAGCACCGCUGGCUCUUUCUUUGCCGCCGUCUUUAUACCUGUGCCUGCUCUCAAAGUUUUUUGCCUGCAAGCCGCCAUUGUCAUGUGCUUCAAUCUGGCAGCAGCUCUACUAGUAUUUCCCGCUAUGAUUUCGCUGGACUUGCGUCGUCGCACUGCAGGACGCGCUGAUAUAUUCUGCUGCUGCUUUCCGGUGUGGAAGGAGCGCCCCAAAGUGCAGCCACAGCUCAGCAUGAACAACAACAACAAUCGCGGCGGCCGUCACAUUAAGAACUGCAACAACAAUCGCGCUGCACAGCAGCAGCAACAGCAACAACAACAGCAGCAGCAGCAACAGCCAGCGCAGAAUCCGCUGCUGGCAGCACAAGCUUCCAAGAGCGGCGUCAGCUCACUGCCUGCAUUCUCGCUCUCCAGCUUUGCCUACAAAUACUAUACGCCUUUCCUAAUGCGCAGCUGGGUAAAGUUUCUGGUGGUCAUGGGUUUCCUAGGCGCGCUCAUCUUUAGUUUGUACGCCGCCAAGUCGCUGCAGGAUGGUCUGGACAUUAUAGAUCUGGUGCCCAAGCACAGCAGCGAGCACAAGUUUCUGGCUGCGCAGUCGCGUCUCUUUGGCUUCUAUAGCAUGUAUGCGGUUACCCAGGGCAACUUUGAGUAUCCCACGCAGCAGCAACUGCUGCGGGAUUAUCAUGAAGCCUUCGUGCGUGUGCCGCAUGUCAUCAAGAACGAUAAUGGUGGACUGCCCGACUUUUGGCUGCUGCUGUUCAGAGAUUGGCUAAGCAAUUUGCAGCGUGUGUUUGAUCAGGAGUUUGCCGAGGGUCGCCUCAAUACGGAAACUUGGCAUCCCAAUGCCAGCAGCGAUGCUAUACUCGCCUUUAAGCUUAUAGUGCAAACAGGCUAUGUGGACAAUCCGGUGGAUAAGAGUCAAGUGGGCAAUGUGCGUCUUGUAGACAAAGAGGGCAUCAUAAAUCCCAAAGCCUUUUACAAUUAUCUCUCCGCCUGGGCCACCAAUGAUGUAUUCGCCUAUGGCGCCUCACAGGGCAAACUGUAUCCGGAGCCACGUCAGUAUUAUCACACGCCCACCGAGUACGAUUUGAAAAUACCCAAGAGCCUGCCGCUUGUCUAUGCGCAAAUGCCUUUCUAUUUGCAUGGACUCACAGACACGUCGGAGAUUAAGACGCUCAUUGGUCACAUACGCGAUUUGAGUGUCAAAUUCGAGGGCUUUGGGCUGCCCAAUUAUCCUUCCGGCAUUCCGUUUAUCUUUUGGGAACAGUACAUGACACUGCGCUCCUCGCUGGCGCUUAUACUCGCCUGCGCCUUGUUGGCUGCUCUGGUGUUGGUUUCGCUGCUGCUGCUGUCCGUCUGGGCUGCUGUGCUGGUCAUCAUCAGCGUGCUCGCUUCGCUUGCGCAAAUAUUUGGCGCCAUGACACUGCUGGGCAUCAAAUUGUCCGCCAUUCCAGCGGUUAUACUCAUACUGGGCGUGGGCAUGAUGCUCUGCUUCAAUGUGCACAUAUCCUUGGGCUUUAUGACUUCAGUGGGCAAUCGGCAGCGGCGCGUGCACUUGGCCAUGCAGCUAUCGCUGGGUCCCUUGGUGCACGGCAUGUUCACCUCGGGCAUGGCGGUCUUCAUGUUGUCCACCUCACCGUUUGAGUUUGUUCUGCGUCACUUUUGCUGGCUACUGCUUGUUGUGCUUUGCGUUGGCGCCGUCAACAGUCUGGUAGUGUUUCCCAUUAUCUUGAGCAUGCUGGGACCGGAGGCGGAACUGGUGCCGCUGGAGCAUCCAGAUCGCAUUUCAACGCCCUCGCCUUUGCCCAUGCGCAGCAGCAAGCGCUCGAACAAGUCGUUCAUUGUGAAUGGCUCACGCGGCUCGUCGCGCAAUUCGAGCUCCAACAAUUGCCACAAGGCGCAUCAUUACCACAAGGAUAUGAAUAUCAAUGAUCCAUCGUUGACCACCAUAACGGAGGAGCCGCAGUCCUGGAAGUCCAGCAAUUCGUCCAUACAAAUGCACAACGACUGGAGUGCACCGUCGACGCCAACGCCCAGCUAUCAUCACAAUCAUCUGAACAAACAUUAUAUGAACAACAUUAACAAUUAUCAAAAACGCGAGCGUGAGCGUGACUGCGGCAACGGCCCACAUGGCGGCGGCGGCGGCUCCACAGCGGGCGGCUCAAACUGCUCUUAUGCACAGUCGGCGCCCACUGUGAGCUAUGGCGCGCCGGAGCUGCAGAGCAUUGUUGUGCAGCCGGAGGUGACUGUGGAGACCACGCACUCGGAUAGCAACACCACCAAGGUGACGGCAACGGCCAACAUCAAGGUGGAACUGGUCACGCCUGGCCGAGCGGUGCGCAGCUAUAACUUUACGAGUUAGCGUUAGCGUCAGCGUCAUCGUUAGCCAUUGGCACUAGUUCCUGUAGCCAUUAGCGUCUAUCUCUAACUGUAAUUGUAAUCUGUAGUUGUAACCUGGAACUGUAUAUGUGUAUGUUGCAUGUUAGUUAAUUUCCACAUAUAGUUUAUAUACUUUUAUAUAUAUAGAUAUACAUAUGUGUCUAGUAUCUAUUUGACAGCUGCUACGCUCUUUGCGCUUGCCUAGCAGCUUUGUAUGUAUGUAUUUAGCGCUUAAGGCAUUUUUUAUACAUAGAGUUAUUUAUUGUUACAAACACCCACACACA